AUGAAGGUGAUUGCUGAUUGCAUCGGCUCAUUCCAAGACUUUAUUGCCAAGCCGCCUGAACAGAUUGCAAUCUGUCCCGGUGCUGUGUGCACCUCGGAGCAGGUGCGCAUUGGUUUCUUCGCAGCGCCCAUGAAAAAGUGGCUUGAAGGCAACAAGCACUUGUCUUCCUUUUGCAUGGACUUCACGUUCGGCAUUGGGCAACAUGGUCUAGCUCUUGGAGGCAUAGGCCCCCUUGGUUUGGUAGAAGCUCCGAAACACCGUCCUCAUGUACGCAUGCUGCCACUGUUACUCAUGGUUGCCAAAUCAGAGGACCGUGAGGCCCAUCAAGAUCUCUUUAAGCAGUACAUGCAGCUCAUGAAGGAGCAUGAGAUUUCUGUGACAGACGGUUUUGCGGAUUGCUUUUGCUUUGAGAGUUUGCAGGACCUGGUAGAGGCGAAUGAGGACUGGAAACGUAUCCGGCUUCACCGUUGUCUUCAGCACAGCAAAAUGAAUCUGCGGCAGGCGGCGAGGAAAAGAUGUCCCUCUUGUGGUGAAAGACGUCUUCGGAAUGAUGAGUUCCUGAAUGUCCUGGUUGCAUUCCUUUUGCAGUCAGCAUUUUUGCCGAGCUCUUUGGAAUUCAACGUCUUUUGGUCGUCUGUGAUCUCUAGACUUCGAGGCACAGAAAAAGAGUCCGAUUGGCACGAACCAGACAUGGCGCUCUACAUUCAGGAAAACCUCCUGCAAGAAGGCCCUGAUGGCUUUACGGCGGCUUGGCGGACAGGUUUGGGCAUUGUUCCUUUUGGUUUCACUACUUACAGCUCCAACGCCCAAGAACGCGCCUGGCGGACUAUCAAAGGUCUUCUCAAGCCAGGGAUGCGCCAAAAAGAUCCUGCCUCUGUUAUUCUGGAUGUGGCUGCUGCCCUUACUUCCAAGUUGCGGAACGGGGACUAUGACAAGAUGCUGGCCACAGUGGCCCAGCCUUGGCAAAGUCUUCAGGUGUCUGACAAAGCUCAGUUGCAGGAUGUGGACAGCCUUGAUUCGGACGACGGGCCUCAGUUAGUGCAACGAAAGCGUCUGGGUUUAGAAGCAAUUCUGAAGCAUUUCAGGCGUCAUGGGCCAACCGGGACAUUUAUUGAAAUGGCCAGCGCCUUGCGUUUAGCUCUGGCGACCUCUGAGGAGGAAGUGGUCCGCGCAGCUGCUUCUCUUCAGACAGGUGCUUAUGAUUGCCUGCGCCAUCUGCAUCUCAGAGAAAGCUAUUGCACCGUUUGGGUGUCGACGGAGAACCAGCUGUACGAAGGUCAUAAGCAUUUGGUUUCGGGUGCAGGAUGGAGUGAGCAUUGCUUGUUCAUCCGGGCUCUCCUUGCGAAGGAAACAUCCCAGCCCAUACCCCUGGGGACGUUGUCAGCUGCUGCCAAGAAAAGAACAAAGAAGCGGCCGCAGGCCAAGAGAUCAGCCAAGAUGAAAGCAAUGCUGAGAGCUCCUGAGGCAUUGUCCUCUGGCGUUGCAGGCGCUGAAGCAGUAGAAGUUGUUCCGAUGAAUUCCCAAACCCAAGAGCUUCUACCAGGUGGUUUGGUGGAAGGAAAGGAGCUCCCUAUUUUGGAUUCUGUUGGGCAGGAAAAAGAGUCUAUGUGCAUGGCCGCAACCAACAGCGGCAAGCGCUGCAGACGAAAGAGAUCGCAUGGCGCUUUUUGCUUCCACCGCCAUCAGAUCGCAAGUUCGCCCAAAUGGAGUUUGACGCUCUUUGAAUCCGUGAAGGAGCCGGCGCAAAGCGCCAUGGAAUCCUGGGAAAAGGCGCAAUUGGACCUUGCCAUCCAAUUGUCGCAGACAGAGAAUGAAGAGUUGUCUGCCCGCAUGCAAGAGAGCUGCCGACGGGUCGACGCCAGGUUGCGGCUUUUGGGUCUUCGUCGUGUCCCUGUCCCUGUCGAAGGGAACUGCCAAUUUGAUGCUUUGGUCUACUCUGCAGAUGUUCCAAUGAGUGCAAUGGAGAUGAGGAGCUUUGUGGUUCAAUAUCUACGGCCACUGGCCCGGGACGAGCUGUCACUGCUGGGUGCGGCUCACUUGUUGAGACGUCCAAUUCAUCUGGUCACGGACACCGUCUCUGACAAGCCAGAGGAGUACAUCCGAAUCAUCGAGCCGCCCAGCAUUAUCCAUGAGUCCCUUUGGGGCAGCCAGGUGGUUUUGGCAUGUUUCAUGGACAGACACUUCGACGCGACCGAGCCAGAUUCUAGCUAG